GUAGAGGCUGAGUUGACGGCAGACGGUAUUACCGACGCAAAAACAACAAUGAAAGAGCAAAGUAUUUUGAUUCUUUUAUUGGGAGUACUAAACGUGUGCCACGCUGGUAGAUCCUUAUGCUACUCUGUGUAUCCAUGUGGACCGCUUUCAUCAAGCUACUACAGGCUAUUAUCCUACCAAAGCCCUCUAGUAUUCUCGAGAGGUAGUAUAAGCGCUGAUGCAAACGGGGUUAUUAAUGGUGGGGGUUCUAUCUCUGCUAAUGCCAAUGGCUACAUAGGAGGCGGUGGUGGUCCUUAUUAUGGCACUGGUCAUCGUUGCAAUGGUGUUGGCCACGGAUAUCUUCUGAAUCGCGAUGGAUCAAUCUCAGCUAAUGCUAACGGAAUUAUAAAUGGUCACGGUUCUAUCUCUGGUAAUGCGAAUGGAUACAUCGGCGGUGGUGGAGGUCAUAUUUCGGGACAAGCUAACGGGAUUAUAAAUGGUAAUGGAGGUUCUAUCUCUGGUAAUGCAAACGGCUACAUCGGCGGUGGUGGAGGUCGUAUUUCAGGACAUGCUAACGGAAUUAUAAAUGGUUACGGUGGUUCUAUCUCUAGUAAUGCAAAUGGAGUUAUUGCUAAUCGCAUUGCCGGGUACCUUGAUGCAAACGCUUUAGAAAUUGUUGAAGCUCGCCAUGGGGGAACAAUCUCAGGCAAUGCCAACGGAAUUAUAACUGGAGGCGGAGGGUCUAUCACUGGGAAUGCCAACGGCUACAUAGAUGGUAAUGGUCAAAUUAUCGGUAAUGCAAACGGAGUUAUUGCUAGUCGCAUUGCCGAGGCUAUUGCCAGUGAUGUUGGUAUUGGAAUAAAUGACGGAUAUUACGAUACCAUUGAUGCCGUAGAUUCUAGAUUUGGAAUUGGAGGACACAUUGGUGGGCAUAUCGGUGGCCAUAUAGGUGGUGCCUAUCUAGGUGGAUAUGCUGGGGCUAACGCUGGUGGAUAUAUUGGAUAAUGAAGAAGGUUAAGGAAAUUAAUCUAUUUUGAAUGAAUAAACAUUUUGAUGAAAUACAAAUUGGACAAUAAAUAAAAAUAAUAAUUAAAGAAGCAUCUGAUAUAACUCCAAUUGUCAUCCUUGU